CCUUAAAUGACAUCGCCACAGAAAUCCUCUUCACUUGGUCCCUCAGUCCCUAGCCUCCAGGCAAAUUCUGACGCCCAGCCUCCUGCCGAGCACGGGGCAGCGACGCACCACGACUCUGAAGAUACCUCACGUGUCCCUCCCCGAUGGCUUCAGCCCACGGAGACUAGACAACCACUACCCGGCUCUGUGGGUCCGUGGGAGGCACUCGUAGCCUCAGAGGCCUACAACGCUCAGGGAUGGUCGACCAAUUUUGUCGUCACCACGCCCAAUGCAAAGUGGGUCCCCGAGAUUGCCGUCGCGCACAGCGAGAUUACAACCUUCGACGACGGCCGAUGGGGGCGCCACGAGUAUUCGCGUUGGCCUCAGCAAUUCACUCGGGACGCUUUCCACAUCCACUGCAUACCGGUGAAACCUCGACGCAAUGGCCCUCACGAUGUCCUGUGGCGCACGUUGUACCGACUGGACUGGAAGCCUUUCAGCUGCGGCGUUGUCGGUCUCGGCUUCCUCGACAAAGAGCUCGAGAAGCAGCUGGCGACUGAGGUGGAGGAUGCUAUCGAGCGUUUUCGGAAAUGCCCCUCUGACGACAAGGGCUGGAACGAGAUCGGCAAAUUCCUCGUCGUCUGUGUUCACCACGCCCUCGAUCGGCUCCGGAGUCUCCCUGCUGUCCCCGGUGUCAUCAUCUCUCUGGCUGCUCACGUACAACGUCUUACCUUGGAGCUCUACGGCCUCAUCGAGUGGCUGGAGAAAGUUCGCAUGAGGGUCAAGGAGCAGGUCGACUGCCGACUUGCUGUCCUGGACGUCCUAGGGGCCUACACCUCUGAUCCGAGCGUUGCCCAGAUGCUCCACCGUGCUGGUGUCCCUGUGUGGCUACUGCAGCCAUAUGGCGAUCAUUUAGUCAUCUAUCAGACAGUAGUGCCUCGCGACAUUCCCCCCGAUUUCUCGAAGAGACCGUCAUAUCCCCGUCUUGUUCUUGCCAAGCGCGACCUUUCCGGUGCCCUCAAUUUGCCGGGAGAGUGGCGGCGGGCGAUGACGACGGUGGUCAGACGUCAACUGUGUGACUCCCGGCUCCCUGAGCUUCUCGAGGACGAAGGGAACGGCACUCUGCCACCGGCCAAACGUUUACGAGAAGGUGCCACUUUUCUCAACGAGGAUAGCGCGACGGUGGGACCCGCCGCCCCCAAUUUCGUGUUGCAGAACUCUCGGGAUGCCAGAGCGCUCGGACACGAUCUCCCUGCCGCACCAUCUCAGUCGUCUCAGUCCGCGUCUGGCUCUUCACCCAAGCAACCGUCAAGGCGCAGUCGAGCAAGAUACGCCAAGAGGGCUGCGGCCGCCGCUACGGUUGGGGACAAUCCUACUGGCCCUCCUCAGGCGGCAAGUUUCGUCAUGAACCCCUUCCGACAGUUUUACCCCUCGCAGAACGUCCUCAUACCGCCUGCAUGGGCUACUGCACUCUCCAAGAUCAGCCCGCUCCCCCAGCCACGCGCAUCCGUCAGAUAUUUCUUUGCUCCGCCUUGGCUACUGGAUGCCCUAGUCGGUUUUGAGACCAAUCCUGCGAAGACGGCGAGAUAUCUCCACCAGUGGAUCUCGAUACGUCCUUUCUGUCGGGUUCGACUUUUUGACAAGACGGUGGCCGGGCGGCCACUAACAGUCUCCGAGUGGCGCGACGCGCUAUGGGGCGACUACGACGUCAAUGAGGGAGCGGAGGACAACUCCCGUCCAUCUAUCGGCCGCGCCAAAGUUCGUCACGAGCGUCAGGCGAACAUACGUCGUCUCUUCGGCAAGGCUCAGUCGCUACCAUCGUACCGCGUAGAAGCCCAACCUCUAUUCGGCAAUUCGGCGAUCUCGUACGACUCGGCAUUGUCCGAUCAUGGAGUUCAGCGCCGUGUGGUUUGGGAGGCACAUGAAACCAACUGGCGUUGCGAACUGCUCGCCCUGGAUGCAUUGAUGACGGGAUCAAAUGAGUGGUCCGAGCUCCUCCGUUGGAUGCGAGAGUCGCUCGUCUCGCAGGUCUGGGGUUCGGGUACAUCGGGUUUGGACGUCGUCCCGCCGUUGGACGGUGAAGAGCGACCACCGACGUUCUGUUGGCUCGCACCCCCCGAAGAAGGUUGGGAAUCUUCUAGACCCUACCUAUGCGCCUUCGUCGAAAUGCUUGAACGUUGGCCUGGAUGCCCCCCGACACUGCAAGGUACUCAUGAACGACUGCUCGGGUGCAACGCGGAUGAGUUCAGUCGUAUCUUGAAUUUUGCUGCUGAGUUUUACACCCGUACCUUCGUCAGCAAGUAUGAUCGUCUUCCCACCAUCCCCGUGCGUGUUUCGCUUCCCCCCACCACAUGAU